UAUUUGGUUUACAUCCAAUCAUAUUAGACCUUAGCACACAGCCCAUGCGGAUUGGUUUGUACAACCUGUCAUUCAGCGGAAAAGAAGUAGUAGCACAGCCACCAGCAGGCUGCUGGGAGCAGACAUGAAUUCCCUGGAACAGGCCGAAGACCUGAAGGCGUUUGAGAGAAGACUGACAGAAUAUGUCUCGUGUUUGCAACCUGCAACAGGCAGGUGGAGAAUGAUUCUGAUAGUGGUGUCUGUUUGUACGGCUACUGGGGCUUGGAACUGGUUAAUAGACCCAGACACACAGAAGGUCUCGUUCUUUUCAUCAUUGUGGAAUCAUCCCUUCUUCACGAUCAGCUGCAUCACUUUAAUAGCUCUCUUCUUCGCUGGGAUACACAAACGAGUUGUGGCGCCAUCAAUUAUCGCUGCUCGCUGUCGGACAGUUUUAGCAGAAUACAACAUGUCCUGUGAUGAUACGGGGAAACUUAUACUCAAACCACGACCGAACACCCAAUAACCACCAGCUUGUUGGAGCUGUUCAGACAGUAUACCUGGCCUUUGCUGAUAGCCACUGAUUGCUCAGUGACUUGUGUCCUGUGGGUGGUCAGAAUUUUCAUCGCAAUGGAAAUAUAUUUUGAAAGACAUAAGAAAUGAACUGAUCGGGCCUUUUAACAGUGUUGCUGUGUUGUCACCAUUGAAGCUGCUGAUCUGCUCACAUAGUCUUUGAUAUAUUUUACUCCUUCAGUGUGAGUUCAGAUGUGUUUAUUUCUUUUCUGAUGUAAGCAUGUAUUUUAUCUAAAUGUUUCUAUUUUUAAUGUUAUUUACUUAAUAAAUAAUCCAGGUGUGAA